AUGUACGUUGCCCCCAUGCGUCAUACGUGUGACGUUUUCGCUAAAGGUCAACGACUGCAGUAUAACCAGCGGGCACCAACCCAGCCGAGCAAGUGGCUCAGGCUCACCUGCGAAGUUGGAUUGAAGCUUGGAUCGGAAGACCCGACCUCUCCAUUAACUACACCGAGCACUUCCCCCUGCAAAAGGAUCUUCACGAAGAUGUCGCCGGACCCCGUUCCCUCUGGCUCUAAGGGCAAGGCGAAGGCGGUCAUUGAAGAAGAAUCUGCCGGUGAAGAAGACGAUGAGGUGGAAGUCGAGCCUGAGGCAGAGGAAGACGAUGAAGAGGAGGUGGCAGUUAAACCAACCCAAGGUCGACCGCGCAAGGCUAUCCUCUUGGAUGCCGCCAAACGCCUCAAGAAGUUGUGA